CCUUCUCGCGUCACCCUAGGACCUGUCGUUGUUGUGGUGAAGUUAGCUAACAAUGGCGGCGGCGGGUUGCGGAUUAGCUGCCGGGGCGUCAGCGGGAGGACAAGCCUGUACGACCACGGCCCGAGGUCGCUUCCCAGGUCGGCCAUGGACAUCUCGCAGCCGACUUCGGUUGGACAAACGCUCACAGCUUGGUCGUCUGGGAGUUAUAGAUGGAGAGGCAGCUGCCGGAGGCCCGCGGCCCUCCAUCUCUGGGCUGAGUCUCAGCGAAGAUCCGUCGCUCUUGCGUUUACUCGGUAUAGCAGAGAACCACAAACGUCAGGGAGCGGCGGGUUACAGCUCAAGUGGAAGCGAGGAGGGAGAAGAUUUUAGGGGGUUCGAAACCGAGACUGAAAACAUCCCAAGUCCACUACGCUCAGGUCAUCGUUUUUCUAUAAGCCAUUCUCCGAAAAAAAAAGUUUUCAAACGAACACAGCAGAAGCCUCCUCCGGCACCGGACUUAGAAACCAGCACAGAGUCGCGGGCUCCCAAAAAGGGAUCAAAGCCAUCACAGGGGACAAAGCAGGUUUCUUUAACAGCUAAGUCUCGGAACAACCGCAGGAACUCAACAAAAAGUAAUAACCCUAAACAGACAAAGAUCAAAGGGAUGAGGCUUGGAGUUCGGUCUGCUCAGGGUUUGCAAAGAGGACAGUCAACAUCCAAGAUUACACUGAAGCUGGCUGCAAAGAAAGCCCGCAAGAAGGACGUCAGCCCCAGUCAGAAACGCACGAAAAGGUCCGAAGACCAGGUUGUGGGCAAUGUAGUUAUAACAAAAAAUGAAAAUGCGGGGGUAGGCAAGCCUUCAAAAGAUCGUAUUAAACUAGUGUCUCCAAAAACUAAGCUGGGCAGUGGAUUAACAAGUAAGGGAACUAAAUUUAACAGUGGCAGGAGAGGGUUCAAAGCAGAGUUUGUAGACCAGAAAUGUAAAAUCUCUUUGCCGAGAUGUGAGUUUGUACCCAAAAACAAAUGCACUGUAUCCAAAAUUAAAAAUAAAGCUGGGAAAACUAAGAGGCGGAACACUGUAGAUGUCAGUGCUGACAAGCAGACACAGUGUAAUCGGUCUGCCCUGGGUCAGCAACUCAGUCAGCAUUUAACUGAAGCACUAGAAGGUGAGAAUACAGAAGAAAGCAAGGAAGAAUUAUCUUCUAAAGAUGCUGACGAUUCUGAAUUGGUCAUCAGAACAGGGAAACGAAAUCAAGGAAGUACGAGGCAGAUUAGACAGACCCCUGAAAGUCGUAUUACUCAAGGAGCGGAGAGUGUGUCCUCUGCUGUGAAUCCAGACACAUCAGUUCCUGGACUGAAACUAAAGAGGGUGAGAAGUUCUAAAGCCCUUUUCUCAAGUCCAGUUAAACCCAGCCUGAGGAGCAGUAGCUUAAAGGGAUUUUCACGGAAGAAGCAAAGCAAAUUUAUAUGGACUCUGACAUUUACGAAGGGUAAGAAGAAAGCGGUGAGGGUGCAAGAGUCUAGGAACAGUGGUAAGGCUGGGCGGAAGGAAGAUGAGGAGAAAAGCGAAGAUGUAGUUAUACAUACAGAGCAAACUGCUCAUAAAGAUGCCGCUCUGGGCCUCUCUCAGAGGGGAAUAAAACUGGUGCCAGAAGAUACUGCUACAGACUCCAUCGGGCUUGAAAUGGAGGAGAUGAUGGAGGCGUGUUCUGAGGGAGAUUUUGUAGUAGGAAAAGUUGUCGUUUCGCCACUAAAGCUGAAAGUGCUUUCUUCAUCAGACAAACAAACUUUACAGCCAUCGCUUUUGAUCCAGCAGGUGGGCACUGCUUUAGUGGAUAAAGAUCUUGUGAUGAAAAAUAUCAGUGAAGACCCACAGGAUUGGUCAACCUUCUCUGAAGUCACUGGUCCACUUGUUCCUAAAGCUGCUCCUAAACUAGCUAAAAGAAAUCUCUCUUCUCUAAGAAGAAAACCUGGACAUAAGAGGCGGACUCAAAGAAAACCAAAGCAGAAGGAAAAUCUGGUUUGUGAAGACACUGUACAUUUAUCAUGUCCUCAAGGUCUGAUAAAAGAAUCGUCUGAACCCGAUGAUAAAGCUGGUGAACUUUCAGAUGAUAUAAAGCCCUUACCAGAAAUUAAGAGUGAAAUAUCGAUGCCGACAGAUUCUGUUGAAUAUGCAUCUUCUGUGGCGGAGACUAAACCUCGGAUAGAUUCAGAGGUUCCAGUUGUGGGAGAAAGAGGAGUUCUUGAACUGGAGUCAGCGUUAACUGAGCAAGGACAAACACAUGCAGUGGAAAAGCCCAUCAAACAGAAGCGACGCAAGUCAGUAUUUGGGUAUCGAAGGAAGCUGGGUUUUAACAAAGCUUCAACUGAAAAUUCCAGCCAAAAGCUAAAGCGCAACAGACGCAGACAAGUUACAUUUACCUCUGUGGAUCUCGAUGCAACUGAAGAGACGAUUAAAGAGGGGACAAAGGACCAGAUGGAGCAGGACCAACAGAUGCUAUCCAGAGAGGCCCAGCAAGGCGGAUGUCUGAAGAGCACGCGGCACUUCAUCAUGCCUGUGGUUAGUGCGCGGUCCUCUCGGGUGAUCAAGACACCAAAGAGGUUUAUGGAUGAUGAGGACAUGUCUGUACUGCCUCCCAGGAUUUAUCUAAAAAAAGCGUCUCCCUUUCUCCAAGCCCCAUCCGACGCACUUGGCACUUCUGCUACUGAGGACUUAUUUCCUGACCUGUCUCAGCAGGAGGAUUUUGUAAAGGAAUCCUUGUUUGAGUCUGAAGAUGCAGAAGUUUCCCAAAUGAUAGAAUCUGACUGUGACCCAAGACCUUCUGACCCAGACCCUAGCAGCCUGCCACGAAAGCGGAGGUCUGUGCUGCGGGAGCCAAAUUUCACGUGGCUUGACUUGGAAGAAUCGACUGCGGAGAUGUAUACCUUAAACCAACUGAAAGGUCAAGACAGUAGAAACCCCUUCUUCUCUGAAGAUGCAUUUCAGGACCCAAAUCCUAGUGUUGCAAAAGAUACUGCCUCCAGCAAAGGUGUAAUGCAUUUAAAAGGCCCUGAGAAGCGAAAGAAGCUAUUCCAGGAUCAGAAGAAGGUGAAAGAACCAUUUUACAAAACAUGCAGGCUGGAUUCUGAGCUGGUGGAACAAAACGAAGCAGAUGUCCAGGAUUCCAGUCUGAAAGAAUCAUCCUCGCUCAAAAAAAAGAAAGCCAAGCUGAAAAUGGAGGAUAUGGAUUCCCCCGGCGUUGUGCGGAGAGUAGCUGUGCAUCUGCGUGGUGCCCACUGCAAGCCGUCCUGGCUGGAAUACGAAUCGGCGCUGGAACAUGACGACACGGAUGUAAACGAAUAUUCCGCACGGCGCUGUGUGAAGGGGGAAUAUAAUCCACUGAGUGUGUCAGAGGAACCAGAAAGAAAUCAGAGUUCAAAAGCUGAGCAACUGAAGAAGAAGAGCACUUCACACAGGUCCUGUCUUACUGGUGCCAACAAGAAGAUGCUGCAUUUGCUCAGAAAAGCAAAGGUCCAGCUUAUGAAGAUCGACCAGCAGAAGCAUCUGAAAUCCUCUCUGCUCCUGUCCCAAUCUGCGACUGUCGGAAACCAUGAUAAGGAGUCGGAAGAUGUGAAGAGAGGAGAGAUGAAAACCUCACACACAGAGCUGUCUACUGAGUCUCGGGCUCCGGGGGGGCCACGGAUCAAGCACGUGUGUCGUGAUGCCGCCGUGGCGCUGGGGCAGCCUCGCGCCCUUGUGCCCGACGACGUGCCAAGACUCAGCGCCCUGCCGCUGCACGAACGGGAUGGCAUCACACCCUUUACUGCAGCUGAAGAGCUGGGUUCGCCCUCGGAGCCGGAAAGCCCCAUCCUGCAGGACUGCAAAGUCUCCAAAGUGCGGAAGCCAAGCAGGGGAGCGUCAGGCCGAUUCGGCCGCGACUACGGGCCCUCGGGGAACCGCUCUCGCAGGUGUGGGAAGUGCAAGGGCUGCCUCCACGAGGAGGACUGCGGCAGGUGCAUGAACUGUCUGGACAAGCCCAAAUUCGGGGGACCCAACACAAAGCGUCAGUGCUGUGUGUAUAAGCGAUGUGCUCGGAUCGAAGCCCGCAAAGCCCAGCGGCUCGGAUACAAACUCUACAAGGAGCAGAUAAAGCGGCCAUGGUCAACAGUCAGUGCGUGCCUGUCUAGUGAGGAGGAGGGUGAGGAAGAGAGCAAGGAAGGUGAAGGAAAGAGAGGAGCUGCACUAGCACCUUCUGCCGACAGCCGGAGCGCCUCGGUGAGGAGGCAGCCCCUGCGCGGCGUGAAGCCGCGCUCCUACUGCGACCUGCUGCCCUCCGACUCCGACUCGGAACUGGAGCUCAUGGGACGCCCCUUUUACGUCUCCCCCAGCAAACGGAGGGCUCUGUCCUCACGCACUCAAGAGGGUACACCUCGCCAUGAUACUCCAGAUGGAGACUGCGCUCGUCAGCGCCGGCCCUGCCCCUCGCGGGGUCCAGUGGGGCGUCGCAGGAUGGAGCGGGGUCCGUUAGAGCAGACGCCGGCCAGUGUUCUUGCUGCCCUGGCUAACGGUUUCUCCCAACGAGAGCAAGAGCCCUGCGAAUCCGCACACAAGAUCUGUGUCGACUUUAAGGAGGAUUGCUCCAUCCAGAACGUCUGGCUUCUGGGGGGACUCAGCGUCCUCACGUCUGUCCCUGUUAUCCCGCCGAUCCUCUGCCUGCUCUGUGCCAGCAAAGGCCAGCACCAGAUGUUGUUUUGUCAGGUGUGCUGUGAACCCUUUCACUGGUUCUGUCUGGAGCCAGAGGAACGCCCUCUAGUGGAGAACAAAGACAAGUGGUGCUGCCGGCGAUGCAAAUUCUGCCAUGUGUGCGGCCACCGAAACAAGCACUGCAAGGCCCUAAUAGAGUGUGAAAGGUGUCAGAAUUGCUAUCAUCCUUCCUGUCUGGGCCCGAAUUACCCAAACCCCAGCAAAUGGAAAAAGGCUUGGGUCUGCAUGACGUGUGUGCGCUGCAAAAGCUGCGGAGCUACUCCAGGGACAAACUGGGAGACUGAAUGGAACCAUGAGAAGGAUCUGUGUCCCGACUGCAAGAAACUCUACGACCAAGGCAAUUUCUGCCCUGUCUGUUUCGGGUGUUAUGAGGAUGAUGACUAUACCAGCCAGAUGAUCCAGUGUGCUGAGUGCAGCCACUGGGUUCAUGCCAAGUGUGAGAGCUUGUCAGAUGACUUGUACAAAAUGCUGUCCAGCCUGCCAGAUAGUGUGGUGUACAUCUGUGAGCCCUGCAGUCACGCCCAGUCCAGCACAUGGAGAGAGCAGCUGAUGUCGGAGCUGAAGGAGCGGCUGAGCAAGCUUCUGGCCAGUAUGAGGAACUCCAGUCUGACGCAGCACAUGCUGUGCCACCCCGAGUCCUCCCCGCUGCCUGGCCCUCUGAAUUUUAAGGAUCAGCCAGCCGUUGACCUCCAGACAGUAAACGUCAAAUUUGAGGGCGGAUUUUACACUACCCUGGAGCUGUUCCACGAGGACAUGAUCCAGAUGUUCCAGAAGUGGCUGGAAGAGGAGGAGGAUGCUCUUCCGUGGGAGCAGAGCUCCUCAGCCCUGGCCAGGUCCUUCUACUUACAUCUCAUGGAAGAGGAAUUUCCAUGGUUCAGUAGCCAGGAUGCUAAAGAGUGGGAUCCUCGCUCUAAAGAUGUUUUGAACGGCAUGCUGCCUUAUGCCGUCCCACCCCCCUCUUCUGAGCAUGUUUAUGCCCAGUGGCGAGUGAGGGAGGGCCAAGCCUCCGCCAGGGCUAGGGGGGACCUCGAGACCCGUGCUGGUGCAACCAGCGACCCUAGAGAUCUUAGCGGGUCUGGCUGCAGAUUCCAAGGAGAACUGGAUAAUAUCUCAUCCAGUGUUGAUGACUGGUCGAAGGAAGAUGAGAGACAGUGUGCCUUGUGUCAGAAAUAUGGAGACGCCAAACCCAAUGAUGCCGGAAGGUUGUUGUAUCUGGGCCAGAAUGAGUGGGCACAUGUGAACUGCUCGCUGUGGUCUGCAGAGGUCUUUGAAGAUGAUGGUUCACUGAUGCAUGUGCACAGUGCAGUCACCAGGGGGCGCCUUAUGAGAUGUGAGGGCUGUCACCAGACUGGGGCCACAGUGGGCUGCUGUCUGUCAUCGUGUCAGAGUAAUUACCACUUCAUGUGUGCACGUGCACACAACUGCGUAUUCCAGGAUGACAAGAAGGUUUUCUGCUACAAACACCGGGACCUCAUUAGUGACAAGAUGGUUACUGAGGACGGAUUUGAAGUUCUUCGUCGGGUCUUUGUGGAUUUUGAGGGAAUCAGUCUCCGCAGAAAAUUCCUCACUGGUUUGGAGCCAGAAUGCAUCAAUAUGAUAAUUGGUUCUUUAACUAUUCAGAACCUGGGAGUGUUGACUGAAGUAUCUGCAAGUCAGGGAAAACUCUUUCCGGUUGGUUAUCAAUGCUCUCGUUGGUACUGGAGCACGGUGGAUCCUCGCCGGCGAUGUAGAUACACCUUCACCGUAAAAGAGGCGCGGCCCCCUCUGCCGGAGAGACUCAUGGAGGACACUAGCGACCAAGGAGAAAAUCAGACCAUCGCACACAGUCCCAGUCACUCUUCAGAAUCUGAAGCUUCCGGUGAAGCGAAAAUUCCCGUAAUGACUGACACGCCUGCUGACAGCCCAGCCGCUCAGCCGAAAGCGGGGGCUCUGCACAAACCCCCAGCGUAUCCCCAGAGCAGGAGGCCAGCGGGGGGGACGCCCCGGCCCUUACCCUUCCCAGGGAACUCCUCAACUAAGAGUCACCAUGUGCUGGCCGUCAGCGAUCUGGAGGAAGCGCGCCGGAUGCGUCGCCAUUGCAGUGUCUCCCGCGGUGCACAAAGCCGGUUCGAGUCCUCUUCCUCGGGAUUCUGCACGGAGGGCGGCUCGCCCUCCAAGAUUAGUGCUAGUGCUUCUCUUGAUGAAGCUGAGAGCCAGCUGACGUCUUUUCAGUGUUCCGAUAGAGGGGCCUCACCUCAUAGUUUUGUCGGUGACGUUGCGCGAGCACCUUCUGUGCCUCUUCCCCAACGUCCAUGUCCAGGUAUUCUCUCGUCAUCCAGCACUUGUCGCUCUUAUCUCUCAUGUCCCCAGAAAAUGGGUGAGCUAGAUACUUCAGAAGGUCCUCAUGCCUUCCUGACUUCACCAGAUAGAGGAGACAUUACAGAAGCAAACAGGACCGUAUUAUCCCCAGGGAGCAGUGCUUUGGCUCAUGAAAACGUCUCACAGCUGCCCUUUGAACCUGAGAUGCCUACAGCUUCACUGUUUAGUGCUAAUUUAGACUUGGAUGAUGUGCUGCAAUGUGAGGGUCACCUUGCGGUGGAUAGGGAACGGCAGCUCAGCUCAGGGUGGCUCCAGGAUGGUGGUGACACUGCUACGGAAAGACCAGCGGCUGUCCAGGUUUCGCCCCUCCCCGUGACCUCUGCCAGAGCGCAGGGUGAGAGCGCUUUUUGUGAUGAUCGGCAGACAUAUGUUAAUUUCCAGCGCACUGAUAUCACAUACGCGUCUUCCAAGGAUCCAGAUGUGGCACUCCCUUCCUCUGGAUCUAUAUCACAGUUGGAUGGUGCCGAUGAUGGAACCGAAAGCGACUCAAGUAAUGACGAAGAUCAAAGCUUAAAGAGUACAAAGCAAGCACAGACACAGCCUGCCACACAACCGUCUGCAGUUAUUUCACAGAACAAGCAGAAAAGCAGAGAGAACUCCACCCCUGCAAGUACUGCUGCUAUUGUUUGUGAGGAAAUUGUACCCUUGCCUGAAGUAAAUUCCCAGCACCUCCAUACUGUGACCUUUGGAAUAGAUGAGCCCAUCAGAAGGGAUGAUUCCACCUCACUGCCUGCAGUCGGAACUCAAAAUCCAGCUACUGAGGCUUUUAUUUUGACUGGAUGUAGCUCUGAUUAUCGUCCUGCACCACAACAGUUAUCUGUAGAUAACAAUGAUGAGGUUUAUUCUGCCGCUGAUCUGAUAUUGCAGAAAGAGCAAAUGCUUACUGAAACCAUUACAGAACACAGCCAUGAGACUGUGCCUCCAAGCCCCAUUCCGGCGCCCGUGAACGCUAGCACACCGUUACCAAUUCCCACACCCUCUUCCAAAUUCACAUCUUGCCCCUACAUUGCACUUGAUUCAUCUUCUGGGUUAGUUGUGCCUGUGUUUCAGUCCACACUGAAACAAUCCCGAGAGCAGCCUAGCCAGCCAUCUUCCAGCCGAAGCCUGCCUUCCGUUUCUACUAGCUGCUCAUCUCAGGCGAGGCCAUUAAAAGUGCAGUUUAACUCUUAUGGGUCAUUGACGGCGGCGCCGUCUCACGCCGUCUCAACCGUCACUAUUCUGUCACCUUCCCACUCCGUAACUACCACUUCUUUUGCGAGACUGGGCACCAAAAUUUCAUUGCCUGUUGUCAUUAAUGGGUAUAACUCUGCACCAGUGCAAGAGGAAAUUUCAAGUGGGGUUGCGAUUCCUGUUAGUGUCAGUGUCUCUAGGGCUGUAGUGGAGCCGCGACCUCAGCUGGUUACUCAGGUAGUGCCAGGUCACACCAUCCACAUGGGAAGAAGCCUUGUUGGCGCGAAUCCAGUUUUGCUUGUCAAUAGCGUUGGUCAAAUUUUCCUCAAGGAAUCGGAAAAUGGGACUUUUCAGGCGGCCAGCGUCAGCUCCCCGUCACGCGGCUGCACUAGUCAGAUUUCACAGCCAGUCAUGACCAGCCCGCCCUCAAGCCGCCAUAUUGUCACUUACAGCAACCUUGGAGCCUCGAGGGCACAGUCCUCUGAAGUCCUGGUGUCUAAAGACAAGAAACCACGAAGAAAAAGAACUGAAAUAACUCCAGGAAGCUUGACAGCUACCGUCUCAGACUGGCAUGAAUCCACCGCUCACGCUGGUGGCGUCUCCGUUACCCAUAAUCCCUCCCCGGCUCGUAUCCUUGGCCCCUCUCAGUUUCUCGUUAAUCCUGUCCAAAGCAAGGUUCAGGCGCUAGGCUCUGUGCAGCUUCCACCAACCCUUUUGAAGGAGUCGAAGCCUGCAGCGGUCGGGCCGCGUCCUCACGCUCGCGUCAAACGGGUGUCCUCUCUGUCCGAACGCGCCGGUAGUAAGAAGCCAAAGUCUGACUUGAAGCUAGAGCACAGUAAUGUACCGGAGGUGGGGAUCGCCAGCGGUGCCGGCAGGUCCAGUGGAGUUCGGAUGAAAGCACCGAGUGUGAAGAACCUGCCGGAUCGUGCGAAGCCGGAGAAGGACAGCUUGGAGGAGAAAAGAAUUGACCCCGGUGAUCAUACGUCCAGUUCGGCCCAGGGGAACCACAGCAGCCAGGCCAAAGCCUUAUCCCUGGACUGCUGCAGGCGCACUGGCCCUAUCGACUGGGGCAGUUACUCUGGCGCAGCAUCCAGUUCUGAUGAAGCGACCUCUGACCCAGAAGAGCAACAGCUCAACGGCCAUGAGAAGCCGCACCUUCGCUUCCAGAUCACAAGUGAAGACGGCUUCAGUGUGGAAGCCGACACCAUUGAAGUGGCGUGGAAGGCUGUGAUUGAGGGCGUGCUGGAGGCCCGUGCAGGCUGCCUGCUCCCGCAGCUCUCCUUCAUGGGCAGGAAUGGGGCACGCAUGCUCGGGGUCGUGCACGACGCCGUCAUCUUCCUGCUGGAGCAACUCCAGGGCGCCUCCCGCUGCCGAAAGCACAACUUCCGCUUCCACAAGCAGGAGACCCAGGAGGAGGAGCUUCCCAUUAACCCUACAGGCUGCGCCCGCUCCGAGGUCUACCUGCGAAAGUCAACUUUUGAUAUGUUCAACUUCCUGGCCUCCCAACACCGGCAGCUGCCGGACCCAGGGCCCUACGAUGAGGAAGAGGAUGACGUCCUGCUCAAGUCCACCAGGCGCGCCACCAGCCUGGAGCUGCCCAUGGCCAUGCGUUUCCGGCACUUGGAGAGGACAUCCAAGGAGGCUGUUGGGGUGUACAGAUCUGCUAUUCAUGGUAGAGGCUUGUUCUGCAAGAGGAACAUUGAUGCAGGAGAAAUGGUCAUUGAGUAUUCCGGCACUGUCAUACGCGCAGUGCUGACAGACAAGCGCGAGAAGUACUAUGAGAGCAAGGGCAUUGGCUGUUACAUGUUCCGCAUGGAUGACUUCGAGGUGGUGGACGCCACCAUGCACGGCAACGCGGCACGCUUCAUCAACCACUCCUGCGAGCCCAACUGCUACUCGCGUGUCAUCAACGUGGAGGGCCAGAAGCACAUCGUGAUCUUUGCGCUGCGCAAGAUCUAUCGCGGCGAGGAGCUCACUUACGACUACAAGUUCCCCUUUGAGGAUGCGAGUAACAAGUUGCGUUGCAACUGCGGUGCAAAGCGAUGCAGGCAUUUCCUUAACUAGUCCCCAGACGGGCUGAAUGGUUUUACACUGAGACGAGAGGACAGGGUGGAGAAAGAAGACUAUAUGCAGAAAAGGGCGACACCAUGGAUGUUUGAGAAUCAGAAUGAGAGCCCCUGAGCUGUUUAGACUUCACAGUGGGGAGAAUCUCUCCACGUCCAGGGUGCGGGCGGCUUGACCAGGCACACAUACACCCCCUGCAUUGCGGCCCCUGUAAUCAGGACUCUGUGGCAUGUAACUUUUAACCUGCCGUUUCUCAUCUUCCAUUCUGUCUGCUCUUUCUUUUGGAGAUCAACUCAAAGUCCAUCUGCAAAAAAAUCAGCCAACAGCAGAAGUAUAAUUUAUUUUUUUUGCACGAGAGACUGUUCUCUUAGGUCUUUGCUGAUAUAUCUUGUUAAAUACCCAAAUAGCACUAGCUAUUAACAUUAGACUGGGAACAAAGCAUAUUGCUUGACUUCCACCAUGCUUGGGCCUCCACAAUAAUGUUAUCCCACCAUUUCAAUUUUUAUUAGACAUUUGUCAGGGGUGCAAGGGAUCAGUCAUUAGCUUCAGGACAUACUUAAAAUCCUGUUGUUACUAGGAUAUUUCAGGCUUCUAGGAUUGUGUAAUUUAAAUAUAUAAUAGCUUGCCACCACUUCUUUGCAGUGCUUAAUACUCGUAUUUUUAAGUCUGUAGGCAGUUAAGUCUCCCCCACCACCCCCAGUUUACCCUUGUGAUGUGUGAGAUUUAGUGGGACUAGAUUUCAUUCAGAGGAAUGAAAGGUGAGGAUGAUUGCUGGCUUACUGAGCUGUGACAGGCCUGCUUUGUGGCUCUUCCCUUUCAGCCAUGCGUUCUCUCCAUGGUAUCGUUUUACUGGCUCCGGCAUCAUUAUCGAAGUCGAAUUAUUUCAAACGCCUAAUGCCAUUGUAAAAAUGUACAUUGUGCAGCAUUUUUUUCUGGAAGAGCUCAGGAUUACCUAAUCAAAGUAGUAAAAAUAAAGAAAUUGUCAGAGAAGUAAGUUUUAAAAAGCACCUUAUGUAAGGAAAGCACUGACCUUGAAUCUCUAGCGAAUGCAGGGAUGGAUAUGGAUGGACCAGGUGGCCAGGUCCCCCCCCCCCCCCCCCCCGAGAAGGGGUCCAACUGACCCUGGCCCCAACUCCCCACAGCCCCUUCCGUCCCUCUAGGGCUCGAUGAGGGUCCAGCAUUAAGCUGUAGCAUGGAGCUGCUCAAUACUGAAUUCACUGUCCAGAAGCAAAUUACAUUUUAGGUUUUAAACUGCUUGUUUGUAUUUUAUAGCCUGGCUGUACCUUGCGUUUAAAAUCAAGUAUUUGAAAAACCAAUGAGAUUGAGAAUUUCGCCCCCUCUGGGCUCGGCACUGGCGUCGGGGCGGGGUGGUAUGUUAUACCCUUAAGCAGUGGGAAAAUCGGGGGAAGCGACCACCUCACAUUUUCCACUUUAGGUCUGUAUAGCUAUACCUGGUAAUUCCCACGUUUUCUUUAACUCAUACAUAAUACGACAUUGUGUAAUUCACCUUUUAGAAAUUUUACAACUAGUGUGUUUCUUGGUGAGUUAUUAAUGUAAUUUAGCACAUAGGUCUUUUUUUUUUUUUUCUUCAGACAUUUUCUGCUGCGAUAGGUUCUGGUUUCCUUUCUCUUGUUGAACGCACAACUACCACAAUGAGCUUGCAGGUAGGGAAGAGCCAACCUCGGGCGGCUUUCUCCUGCUUCCCAGCCGGUAUAUGCGCCUGUUCUGAGCCGUUCCAACCGCUGGGGUUCUCUCGAUCUGCUGCAGGGACUCUACCUCAGUAGGAGAUAGCUGCAAAAGUCUCCUUGAUCUGUCUCGACUGAUCUCAGUGCAGUGAGGAUGCGUAAUCAGUGUAUCUUGCAUUCUGGGGAAAUCUUAGUACUGUCGGUAAACUUGUGCACCAGUGAAGACUUAUUUUAAUACAAAGUCUUAAGUGAAACUAGGUUUAGUCACCUUGUAUAAAGAAACUUUGUCUGUAUAUAGUUGUAUACAAAAUUUCUAAACCUGUUAAAUUUUUCUAUGCACUUUUUUAUUUAUGAUGUUCUAUGCUUAAUAAAGAUGUGGUUUGAAGAAA